UCCGAUAAAUCCCAGUAGAAGAAGAACUCAUGAUGUUUUCAUUUGCUGGUCACAAAACCAAGUUCUGCCAUGUUAACCUGCAUUUUGAAUUAAAGGUUGGGCUUUUUCAAAAUCAUGAUAAUGUGGAGGUUAAGUAGAAUCCGACAUAAAGCUGGCAGAGCAGGCUACAGCCUUGAGGAGUUCCGGGUAAAGAGGCGAGAGCACGAAAAAGCCCUUCGUCAGGCUCGCCGAGACAGACAAUUGGUGAGCAGGAGACUCUUACUGAAUGAAGAUGAGGGGCAGCAAGAAGCCAUCAUGCACACUUGUUCAAAUGAAAAUGAUGUAGUCAGUUUGUUCCACAAUCUUCAGCACAGCGGUCCAGAGAGGGAAGCCCACCUUAAAACCUUGAGUAAAUCUCUACGUGACCUGUCAGCUCAGCUUAUCUUCAUCAAGCAAGAGAACAGUAUCCACAUGCUGGUUGGCCUCCUCACCGGCCCCAACACUCAGUGCCGCCUGCAAUCUGUCCGAUGUCUCCACGAACUGUCUCACUCUCCUCACCCCAGCGUGGCCACAGCCUGUCUGCCUGCCACACCCUACCUCCUCACCUAUCUCUCUGGGCAAAGCACCAGAUUCACGGAGUUAUGUCUCUACACACUUGGGAACUUGUGUCCGGAAAGUGAUGUCGUGAGAGAGAAACUUCUGGCUCAGGGAAUUAUACCAGCACUUGCCUGCUGUAUCGAGAACCAGAGGCAUAACAUGGCAGUGAUGGAAGCUGUGGGUUUUACCCUUUCACAGCUUCUCCAAACCAAAGACGCAUCAGAGAAAAUUAUCCCGUUGGUUCUGGCCUCUAGUUUACCCUCACACCUAUUAGCAGUGCUGACACCUGACCAGAAUUUUGCCCUGGGCCCUGCCAUUGAGUGUGCAUGGUGUCUGCACUACCUCACGUGCAGUGGGGAGGAUAACCGAGCUCUGUUGGCCUGUGGGGCUCUGUUGCAGUGCAGUAUGCUGUUAGUGUCGCUGGGUGGCGCUGUCGCUCAAGGAAACAAAGCAGAGGGAGUUGAACUGCUCGUGUGCCCUCUGCUGAGGUGCGUUGGGAACCUCCUGUCCUGCACACCAGAUGUCCCAGACGCUUGUUUGAGUGACGUUGGGCUCACGGUCGCUCUCUGUGCUCUGCUUCAAGCUUACGUCCAGACUCAGCCCUCUUUGGCCAGAGAGAGUGCCUGGGUCCUCAACAAUCUCACAGCUCGAUCCAGUCUGUUUUGUUCGGCCUUGAUAACGCUCAACUUGGUCCCGAAUUUGAUCCAACUUCUUCCAUUCUCUCAAGGCAUCAACACAAUGAUCCUGAGAGUUUUAGCAAACGUGGCCCACAAGAAGAAGGAGUUCUGCAUCCAGUUGGCUGAGUUCGGAUUGCUAUCUUCCCUCUGUGCCACACUUAAAAUGGCAGAGCAAGCGGUGGUGACCUUGAGUCUCGACAUCCUUUUCAUGCUCUUCGCUAGUGGUUCUCAAGUGGUUGAGGACUUUGCGAGGGAAGGCGGCAUUUCACUUCUUGAAACUUUUCAAUACUACAGCGAAGAAGAUGUGAGGCGAAAAGCAGUAUACCUCCUGGAAGGACAUGUUCUUUCUUCCUCCUCACAAUGCGCUGUCAGUUGCAUCCCUUCUUCUUAACUGCAAGUCAAAUGUGGGCAGUGCAACGUUAAAUACAAAUGUAUCAAAGACCCAUCUGAGAAAGAAAAUGUACUCAUCACAUUUUUAAAAAGGCAGACAAAGUUUUUAAAUGUACAUUCGUCAUUGAUUCUGUAUGAUUUGAUUGUAAAUGUGAUCACUCUGGACAAUAAGCGAAUUUUGUUUCCUGCACGCUAAAGGGUAUGAUAAUACAGUUAAACUCCUCUACAACGAAACCUAC